UUCAGAGUUUUCGAUUCCGCAAUGUCGGCGAAUUCCUCCCGCCCUAAUCUCAAGCGCCCAUUCUCAGACGACGGCGACGACGCAUCCGCCAAACCUCCCAUGCAGAAAAAAGUUAGGUUUCCGAAGGGGAAAAAGGUCAGACUGGGACAUGAACCGGUGGAGAGAGGAAGGGACGAGAGCGAGGCAGCUCCAGUGACGGACCCCCGCGUCGCCGCCAAAGAACGGGCCAAGCGCCGUAGCCAAAUCACCACCGAGCUCUUUGGCGAAGAUAGCAGAGGUAUCGUUAAAGAUAUAUCCACCGCUGAAGUCGCUUAUGAGGAUGAUGAUGAUUUUGUUCAGGAUGGGAUUCAAAUAGAGCCUUUCAACUUGAAACAAGAGAGAGAAGAGGGUUAUUUUGAUGCAGAUAUGAAUUUUGUUGAAUUUGUAAACGAAAAGGAGAUCAAGGAUGCAUGGCUUGAUAGUCUUGAAGUUGAUCCAAAAUAUGCUGGUAAAGUGCCCAAUGUAACAACAAAUGACAAUGAUGCUCCAGAACUUUCGUCCAGUGAUAUUGGAAAGAUUAAAAGACGCAUUGCGGAUAUUCUUGAGCCAGGCGAAACGGUUUUGCAAGCGUUAAGGAGAUUGAAGGGAAAUUCAAAUAACAGGAAGGAUAAAAUGUCAUCCGAAACAAAGGUCGUAUUUGACCAGCUAACUGAAGAUGCCGUGAAGCUUAUGGAGAGUGGCGAAUAUGAUGUGUACCAUGAAAAGAAAGAGAUCUUUGAGCGUGAGGCAGAAAAAUAUGAAAGCCUGGCUCGUUUAAGAGUAGAAGGCCUAACCACAAGUGCAGGCCAAGGUUAUUUUGAUUCCAACUCGGGGAAGGAUGCCUUGUCUGGUCUAACAGAUACUGGUAUAGUCCCUUCAGGUUCUGUUAAUCCAUUGUCAGAUUCAUGCGAUAUGUUUGCGGAUGAUGAUGAACAGACUACUGCUAAUCCGUCUUCUAGUGAAAGAAAUUUGGUUUCUGGUGCUACUGGAAUUGAUCAACCCGUGUCCAAUUCAGACAGUAAUUCUGAAAGUGGAGCUUUAGGAAGUGAUUAUGUGUAUGACGAGACUUCUGGGUACUACUACAGCAGCAGUCUGUGUUAUUAUUACGACCCAUCUACAGGACUUUAUUGCUCUGCUGCAUCUGGGCAAUGGUACUCAUUCAACGAGGAAACCGGCGCCUAUGACGAAAUUCCAGCUGCUGCAUCGACUGUGGAAGAAGUAUAACUGAGAGAGUUUUUCUGCUUGACUGGAAGAUAUUGUACAGACUGUGAGCAACAAUUGGUGUAAAAUUGUGGGUUAUAACUUUUUAAUUAUUUUCGUUUCUGGAAAUGAAGAAAAUAGCGGACACAUAGGAUUCGUAACAACAUGAUGUUAGGAUAGUGCUUCUGCAGUUUUAGAGCAUUCCAGAGUCCAACAGACGUGCUAGGAUAGUAGUUCUUUUGCAGCACUAGAAGAGAAGGAUUUUAAAAGAGAAUUAUAUUCAAUGA